AGCGCAACCUGUAUUGUAAAAUAUUUUGAGAAUGUAGUACUUAAUGAAAAUUAAUUACAAUUCUUGUUGCUGCAAUACCAAGAAUUAGGCAGAAAACCGACGUCAUGGAGCCACAGUCAAAGCGCAGGAAGGAGGCGGAAAGCGACAACGCAGACUUUUGGGUGGCACUUCCUGUUCUGUCGGACCAGCAGUCACAAGACACCGAGCUCAUCCCGGCGUUCGCCGCACCCAUCACCGACAAGAAGGAGACGUCCCGGCUGAUCAAGGAGCUCCGCUCUCUCUACCCUCUGACCGGCCUCACUCACAUCAAGAGGGUGCGGUCACACAAGUCGGCCGACGGCCUUUACUCUCCUCAGGUGCUACUGUGUCUUGUCAGCGACGCCCCGGACGUUGACCUUCACAGCGAGUCCCUUGCCAUCGAAUCCUUGCUGCCCCCCGAUAUUGUCGGGCUGGAAGGACUGGGCCUCCCUUUCCUGGUGAAGAUCCCCGCCUUUCCUCCCCUGACCAGGCCCCAGUUCCAGCUGGCGAGUAAGCACUGGCCUACCACCUUCCACGAGGACAAGCAGGUCACCGUUGCCCUGCGAGGAGAGCUCUUCGGCGGGCCCCAGAAGGCCCGCAUGCAGGGGUACAUGGAGGCCGCCCUGGCUGCUGCCAGAGCGGCCGCGGGUUUGGGGUCGGGGCAGGAGCCAGUGGGGGCUGCAAUGGUCGACCCCAAAGAGGAGAGGAUCCUAGCGGUGGGACACGACUGCCGUGGCGGGAAUCCACUCCAUCACGCAGUCAUGGUGUGCAUUGACCUUGUUGCUCGCGGGCAGGGCGGUGGAGCGUACAGUUUUGAGAAAUACCCCGCUUGUACUGCCGCAAUGUCCCCCACAAGCAGCCACUCUAAACCAGCUGCAGAGAGCUCGAAAACGAUCGCCCGGGUUGUGGAAGAGGGGCAGCCAUACAUAUGCACUGGGUACGACCUCUAUGUGACCAGGGAGCCUUGUGUGAUGUGUGCGAUGGCCCUGGUACACUCCAGGAUAGGAAGGGUCUUCUAUGGCACGGCCUCUGCCGAUGGAGCUCUAGGGACCAAGUAUAAGAUCCACACUCAGAAAGAUCUGAACCAUCGCUUCGAUGUGUUUAAAGGGGUCCUGAGCCAGCAAUGCAAGGACCUUUAUGGGUUAAAAGACCCCAUCAAACACUGAAAGAAGUGGCUCUCUAUUUUUAAGAUAUGAUUUUUGUUGGAUAAUAGCCUGGGACAAAUACAUGCAGAAUUACAUGAUUUUGACUUGGAUCUACCAUGCUGUAAUUAAAAGAUUUUUGUACCCAAAUAAUCACUCUAUCAUCCAAUAUAAAGAUGCCCUUACCAUAUCUGCUCCUGUUUGCUAAAUGGCUAUAUUACCACCUGAAAACACUAUAAACAGCAAACAAGACUUGGUGAACAAACAAUAUACCAAUGCAAGAAUGAGGGCCCAAACCAUUUUAAUGAUGUUAGUAAUGCAAGAGUAAUAGUAAUGAAUGGGAGACAGACACAAUCAUGGCAACAUAUGCUGCAGACAAAAUAGCUACAUGGACAUAUGUACAUAAGUUCAUCCACUGGAUUAGUAAUGUCUGGCAGCAUGACAUUUUAUCUUUCCUUUUUCAUACAAGACAUGUCGCAAAGGAACGUUACAAUGGAAAUAGCCUGCCCUAUUUGAUUUAACAACAAAUGCUAAAUGAUUCACAAAGAAAACCAGGCAAAUAAAGAGUAUAAUUUUCUCCACUCGUCAUGAAUUGGAUUGGACACCCACCACAUAAUGAUGAGCGUACUGAUAGACAAAGAACCACAGGCUCCUACGCUUAAGAACACAUCUUAAAAAAUACAUUUAGGACAUCUUCAGGGCUACAAAUUCGGACCCAAACUUAGUCGUUGCGUCAGCAUCUUGUGAAAUAGAGAAGAAAAUAAAAUAGAACAAGGAACAGGGAACAGGGAAAUUUAAAUGUCACUUCUGAAACUGGGGCCAGCCCAGGCCAACAACAAUACAUUAUUAAAUAUUCACUUCAAGUUAGUUAUGCAAAUGAUAUUCUGUUUUCCACCAAUCUACUCUUUCCUAUGUUGGUUUCUCUCCUAUAACAUCACUUUUCACCCAAUAUAUUUACAGCAGUGACAUUGACAAGAACUAUACAAAACAGCUUAGUCCAGGCAUCAGUGCUGGGGCGUAUGGGGAGGUUAACUAAACGUUUCUUAUAGACACAAUACGUUCUGCGACUCCAUUUAAUACUUGUUUAUGCCAAAGAUUCUGACUCCGUGUAGUUGUGGCAACUUUGGAAUUAGAACGCUUAAAAGUGAGACGGUGUUUACGACAAAGUGUGUCGUGUCGUACUUUGUAUAGAAACUGGCCAGGAAGUAUCUGUGGAGAAGAAAAUAGAGAAUUGUUUGAGACUUUCAAUGGAAGACAAUAACCAUCAAGGCUGAGUGCUAGGCCACAGGUCCUUCCGUCCAUUCACAAAUAGAGAUUUUUUUUUUUUAUCUCAAUAGGCUUUUAAGGUGGUCUUUCAAAUGUAUGUUUGGCUAACCUUUUAACAACAAGUUUUUCUUUAUCAAGUGAAGUAAAAUGUUUAAGUUUUGUCAUCUUGUCAACAUUUGAAAACAUUCAAGUUCCCAACAUGAUAAUAACAUAAUAAU